UUACAGCAAAAGCAAUCACGGACCCGAGGAAUGGCUAACUAAGAUUCAACGGAUCGAACAAACCUUCUCGCAGUUUCAUCUCCUUCCUAUUUGUGCCACUCGCUCAAGCUUCAGACGCUCAUCAUUGCGAUUGUAUUCUUGUUUUGAUAACUUCUCUUUGAUUGAACUCUGAAGAAAUUAAGGAGGAGAAGAUGACCAAAGAUAGGAAUAUAGGGGUGGCCUUGGACUUCUCAAAGGGUAGCAAGCUUUCUCUCAAAUGGGCCGUUGACAAUCUGCUUGAUAAGGGUGACACUCUCUAUGUGAUCCACGUCAAGCACUCUCAAGGCGACGAGUCUCGCAAUACCCUCUGGUCUGCCUCCGGUUCACCUCUGAUUCCAUUGGUAGAGUUCCGUGAACAGGAGGUGGUGCGAAAGUACGAGGUUGACCUUGAUCCUGAAGUUUUGGACUUGCUUGACACUGUUUCUAGGCAAAAACAGGUGACAGUGGUGGCAAAGAUUUACUGGGGCGAUGCAAGAGACAAACUCUGUGGGGCUGUUGGGGAUUUGAAGCUUGACUGUUUGGUCAUGGGUAGCAGAGGCCUUGGUAACAUCCAGAGGGUACUCCUGGGUAGUGUGACCAGCUAUGUUGUAUCGAAUGCGGCGUGCCCUGUGACCGUCAUCAAGGAUUCAAUUGCUGCUCAUGGCUUUUGAUUUGCUAAAUGUGAAAUUUGCAAGGGGCUGUGUUGUUUGAAAUAAUGGUGCUCUGCCUCUGUAUGUAUGCCUUUGUUUGCACAAAGUGAUGAUACUUAGACAAGCUCGUCUUAAUUAAGGGUUGUUGAAUUUUAAGGUGUGUCUCAGCAAUUUCAAAAAUUUCAGGGUGUUCAUUGUUUUUAUGCCUACUUUAGGACCUGUAUACAUCUGUUUGAACAUGUUUGUCUGGCUUACAAUGAAUCAUGUCUCUGACUUUUGCUUGUAUUGUGGCCAGUUUCAGUACUAUUUGUAAACCAUAAAUGUGAGAAAUGCUAAAGAGAGAACUAGUGCAUGUGUUGUGCUA